AUGCCAACCAUGUCUCUCCCACAAACCUACAAACGGGAAGUCUUCAAAGAGCUGGGUCAUCCGUUGACAGUGGAGGAUGCGCCGCUGAAGCCACCUGCGACCAAAGAGCUGCUGAUUAAGGUCGAAGCUUGUGGGGUGUGCUACUCGGACAUGUACUCCCAAUACAACGGCCUCGGCGGCGGCUUUCCCAUUGCACCAGGCCAUGAGAUCAUUGGCAAGGUCGCCGCGGUUGGCAGUGACGUCCGUGAUUGGAACGUUGGGGACCGUAUUGGGGCGGGUUGGCACGGCGGUCAUGACGGGACUUGCAAGGCUUGCAAAAGGCUGGUUCCAGAUGUGCGACAGUACUGUGGUCAAUGGCGCGACAAAGGAAGGUGGAUCAAAACAGUUGCCGUUCAGGGCUUGGGAGGCCUCGGCCAUUUAGCCAUUCAGUAUGCGAAGCACAUGGGAUACCGUGUCGUCGCCAUAUCCCGCGGUACCGACAAGGAGGUGGCGGCGCGUGAGCUCGGAGCUGACGACUUUAUUGACUCUAAUAGAGGCGACGCUGGCGAGCAGCUCGCAGCAGUUGGUGGUGCUGCCCUGGCUAUUACCACUGCCUCCACUGGAGAAGCCAUCACUCCCUUGCUGAAAGGCUUAGGCAUUCUGGGAAAGCUACUCAUUCUCAGCUUUCCUAGCAAUCUUGCCUUAAAUCCCACAGACUUGCUCAAGUAUGGCCUUUCAGUCCAGUUCUGGCCCAGUGGCCAUCCUGGUGACGCCGAGGAGGCUAUUCGAUUCGCCGAGAACAAUAACAUCAAGAGUGUCAUCGAGAAGUUUCCUCUCUCGCAGGCGCAGCAAGCAUUCGAUUCUAUACUCAGUGGAAAGGUUCGCUUUCGGGCUGUCAUCACCAUGGACUAA